AUGUACAUCAAUUAACCCAAUCCUUAUUACUUCUUUGUUCCUUACUAUAUUCCAUACCAAUUCAAUUCUUCAGUUUUAUAAGAAAUCCCCAAGACUGAACUCCAUUCUGAGAGUGAAAAAGAGCAGACUAAACCACUCAAAGAUGAAUAUCAUACUAACGCUAGUGGAAUUGUAAGAGGAAAAGGCUAAUUAUGGACUUAAAAGGAAAUAAAUAAUCUCGUCUCUUACUAUAAAAAGUACAAAGGCAACUGGAAAUAAAUCAUCAAACAUCUCAAAGGAAGAAAUAUCUCGUAAUGUUCUCAAAAAUACCGAAAGCUCUAAGAUUAAGAGAAAAGAACAAAAAAGAAAUGGUCUUUAGCCGAAGAUCAAAUCUUGAUAGAGGCGUAUAAAGAAUUUGGAAGAUAAUGGAUAAAAAUAAGUGAAAGAUUGCCAAGCCGAACUUCAAAAUAGGUGCGUGAUAGAUACGUGAAUUAAAUAGACCCAUCAAUAACACAUGAGGAAUGGUCAAAAGAGGAGGAUAGAAUUAUUUUAGAAGAAUAUAAUAAAGGCGGGGCAAGAUGGGCUGUCAUUGCUAAAAUGCUUAAAAAUAGAUCGGAAAACCAAGUAAAAAAUCGUUUUUAUUACACUAUUCUAAAAAAAUAUUAAGGUGAACAACACCCAUACUUAAAAGUAUAAGAAUGAAGUUUUAAAGUUGAUUAUUAAGUUUGAUUAUUUAAUUUCUAAAAAUAUAUAAAUAUUCAUUUUUUUGCCAAAACUCAAA